AACUAGUCCUGCUUGUCAGCACAUGCAAUCCACUUUCUACAACAAAAUCGACUUUGGACCCCAAAUUUACCUCACCCACAAGAAAAGCACAGCCCACCCCCCAUAAAUUUCAUACCCUCCCCUUCCUCGUCCCCUCCCUUUCUCGUUUUCUCUCAUCCCUCCCUCCCUCUUAUAGUCUUUCUUUUAGACCAAAUCACCACUCUCUCAUUUUCCACACACAAACUAGUCCCAUGGACCAAAUAAUCAAAUCACUCUUCAAUUUAUAUUAUCAUCACAUUAGCUAGCUAUAUCUCAUAUCCUUCAAAACCUAGCUCCUUACCCUAGUUCCUCACCCUACCCUACAUAUUAACACCACCAUCAUCACCAUGCCAUCCAAGAUGCCAACACCAACACCUUGAUCAAAUUCAAUAUCAAGGUUUUAAAAACUGAUUUUAGUUGCAAAGUCAAGGUUUUUGAGGUCUAUGCAACCAGAACCGAUUGCAUCAGUCGCAUUUAUCUGCAAUAUCAAAGAUUACAACAAAACUGUAACUGUGACCGUAAUUUAAAACCUUUCUGACUACUUAUCAUUGUUGUAAUAGCAUAUCCCCAGAGAUGAGAACUGGAAGCUGCGCCGUGCAACAGGGUCUAACCCCGGAGGCCGCGAGCAUAGUGAAGCAAGCCGUGACGCUGGCGAAGCGUCGCGGCCAUGCACAGGUGACGCCCCUCCACGUGGCGAACACCAUGCUCUCCAUCACCAACGGUCUUCUGAGAACCGCGUGUCUCCAAUCCCACUCCCACCCUCUCCAGUGCAAGGCCUUGGAGCUUUGCUUCAACGUUGCCCUGAAUCGCUUACCGGCUUCGACUUCUUCUAGCCCCAUGUUGCAAGGCUCUCACCACCACCACUCUCACGCGUGCCCCUCCAUCUCAAACGCUUUGGUUGCAGCGUUCAAACGCGCUCAAGCCCACCAGCGACGUGGAUCCGUCGAGAAUCAGCAACAACCUCUCUUGGCAGUUAAAAUAAAACUCGAGCAACUCAUUAUUUCGAUCUUGGAUGACCCUAGUGUUAGCCGAGUCAUGAGAGAAGCUGGUUUCUCUAGCACCCAAGUUAAAAGCAACGUUGAACAAGCUGUUUCUUUGGAAAUAUGCUCUCAGGAUAAUGGUAGUGGUAAAAAUAACAACAAUAGUAAUAAGGCAAAGGAAAACAAUAGCAGUGGAGAGAAAGGGUCGGUGUUGGAUCCUAUUAGGGUUGAGGAUGUUGCUAGUGUUAUUGAAAAUUUGGGGAGUGAGAGAAAGAGAAGUGUUGUGAUUGUGGGAGAGUGUGUUACUAGUCUUGAAGGUGUAGUUAGGGGAGUGAUGGAAAAAGUUGAUAAAGGGGAUGUUGGUGAUGAGUGUACUCUUAGGGGUGUUAAGUUUAUCUCUCUUUCUCUUUCUUCUUUUGGGAAUGUUUCGAGAGUGGAGGUGGAGCAAAAGGUGGGGGAGCUUAGGAGUCUUGUGAAGGCAAGUGAACAUAGCAAAGGGUAUGUUUUGUAUUUGGGGGAUCUCAAAUGGGUGUUUGAUUUUAGGGCUCGUGGAUCACAAGGGGGAGGGUGUUAUUGUCCUGUGGAUCACAUGGUAGUAGAGAUUGGGAAGCUUGUGAAUGGGGUUGAAGAGAAUGGUGCAAGGUUUUGGGUGAUGGGUGUUGCCACUUUUCAAGCUUACAUGAGAUGCAAAAAUGGCCAGCCAUCGUUGGAGACUCUUUGGGGUCUUCAUCCUAUCACUAUUCCUGCGGGGAGCUUGCGCUUGAGUCUCAUCACUGACAGUGGUGUACAAAACCAGCCCACAAACGAGAAAGCUGACAACAGAACUACCUGGCUCUUACUUGAAGGAGUGGGGGAUGAUCACAAACAACAACCUUGCUUCGCGGAACCUUCCACCAAGAAUGAGACCACCGAAGUUCGAAGCUUGCAAAGCAGUAGUACUUGUAAUAGUGACUCAAGUUCAACCCUUCCUGCAUGGCUCCAACAGUACAAAAAUGAGAAUAAAGGAAUCACCCAUAAUGAUCAGAACUGUGUCCCAGUGGGAGAGCUUUGCAAAAAGUGGAACUCUAUGUGUAGUUCAAUCCAAAAGCAACCUUAUCCUUCCGACAAAACCCUCUCAUUAUCCUCGGUGUCACCUUCUUCAUCAAACUCAAACUUCUCAUACGAACAGCAGCAUCCUAAUUUGCUCCAAACCCAUCACGAGUGGCAAGUGGGUGAACCACCCAAAGAUUCAUUGAACAACUACCAUUUCUGGAUCUCCAACAAUGGCACCAACAACAACACCAAUGAACCCACUUUGAGAGUGUACAUUCCAGAGAAUAACAAUAAGCAACCAUUCUCAUCACCAAAUCCAAGUUCAAACCCUAAUUCCACUUCUUCCAGUGACAUCAUGGAAGUGGAGCACGUGAGAGAGUUCAAAGAGUUAAACACGGAGAAUCUGAAAACACUGUGCAAUGCUUUGGAGAAAAAAGUGCCGUGGCAGAAAGACAUAAUACCCGAAAUUGCGAGCACCCUUUUGCAAUGCCGUUCUGGCAUGGUGAGAAGAAAAGGGAAAGUGAUGAGAAACAGUGAAGAAGUGAAAGAAGAGACGUGGUUGUUCUUCCAAGGUGUUGAUGUUGAAGCCAAGGAGAAAAUAGCAAGAGAACUAGCUAGACUUGUUUUUGGGUCCCAAAACGACGUCGUUUCGAUUGCACUUAGCACUUUUGCUUCAACAAGAGCAGAUUCUACUGAAGAUUAUAGCAGGAACAAAAGAUCAAGAGAAGAAACAAGUUGCAGUUACAUUGAGAGGUUCGCAGAAGCAAUGGCUUGUAACCCUCACAGAGUGUUUCUUGUUGAAGAUAUAGAGCAAGCAGAUUAUUGUUCUCAACUUGGUUUCAAAAGGGCCAUUGAGAGGGGAAGGGUUGCGGAUUCAAAAGGCGAAGAGGUUGCACUUUGCGAUGCUAUCAUCAUUCUAAGCUGUGAAAGUUUCAGUUCUAGGUCAAGGGCUUGUUCUCCGUCGGUCAAACAAAAACCGCUGACUGAGGAAGAAAAGAAUGGUGGUGACAUGGUUGCAACUUUGGAGGUGACAAGUCCUUGUGUUUCUUUGGAUUUGAAUAUUUCCAUUGAUGAUGAAAACGAGGUUGAGGAUAGGUCAGUGGAUGAAAUUGGGCUUCUUGAAUCAGUAGACAAAAAGGUUAUCUUCAACUUUCAGGAAUUGUGAUGAGGAGAAGAAUUUCGAGAUUCAAGAACAGCUAUUUUUUUCUUCCCUUUUUUAGUUUAGGGUUCUUUUAAUUCUCUUUAUUCAUCAUGUCUUUGUAUUCUCAGGCAUUUGCUAGGGCUAGCUAGGGAUGAAAGAAAUUGCGUGCCCUUCAACUUUAUUAUGUAACUAGAUAUGUAUAUUAUUACCAAGUAUAUCCAACUUUCUCUGUUACAGGAAUUUGAGACUUUCCAUCAAUUUAUUUUUUGCCCCUUCCAUUUGUA